UUCUUUAUUUAGUAUGUUCAGGAUUAUCAACGAACACUACGCUCAUGUAAUAAGAAACUUAAACUGAUCAUUGUUUAGUCAAAGAGGGAAAAGUACCUUUAUUUGGAACUCGUAGUUUUUUAUCAGUAAAACGUGCAUCAUCAUAUUUUCAUAAAUUGAUAAUCAUAUAAUUCAUAGCAUUUUUUGUGUCUUAAAUUAUGAUUUUAAUAUUUUCUUGUAUUAUAUUCAUUGCACAAUAUACAUUAACAAUCUGCUACCCUCACAGUACUGGGGCAGACAUGCAUGGUUGUGGUGCCUGAGAGUCAAGAUCAUGUGUGGUUUUGGGCAUGUGGCUCAAAUAGAAUAAUUCUUCAUUAAAUACUAGUUUUUGUAGUGCUACUGUGUCUGUGGUUUGAAACGAAAUGGACCCUCAAAACCGCCCCCACCGUCCAGACAAGGUUCGUGCAUGAUCCAGCAUGCACUUUUUCGAACUACCCAACCACCGAUAUUCAUAGCGUGCUAUUGCCUGAAAAAAAAGACAACCUUUGUCAGUUUCUUAGAGCAAUAAUAUUCCAUUAAGGUUUAAGUACCUUAAUCCAAAGUGCUUUUAUCUUUAUAUCUCUUAUAUUACAACUAUUGCUAGUUGCCUUCAACCUUUGCAUGAGUCUAUGAAACCAUUCCCACUGAUCCAGGACUAUGCUUUCUUUCUGUUCCUGGAAUUUAGCUUGUUUAUAUUAAUUUUUUUCGAGAUUCGUGAAUUCCGGUUUUCUUUGUGUCUUAUUUAUUGGUUCGUUUAAUGAAAUCAGACCUUAAUCCAUGGGAAUUCAAAGCACUAAAUUUCGAUAUGCGUUCUUGUAACCUGUUCUGUCUGACUGUCAGUUUUAUAUAAUUUAUAUAUAUAGACUCCAUAACCAAGUUUGUUGCAAAGGAGUACAUAGGCUUGUUUCUUUGCUAAUUGGAGAGGUUUUGAGGUUCAUAUGAAAGGGAAAACCAAAAUUUUCAAAAAUUUGAUAGGAGAAAAGCCUAAGUAGCCAGCACAGGGAAGGGAUUAUUGCUAGUAACGAAGGGAUUUUCAAUUGAUCAAAACAUUUGAAACUUUUGUCUGAGAUCCAAAAGUAAGAAUGGAAAGUGGUUUUCAAUCAGCUUGGAGGAGUAGCUAUUUGCGUGGGCUAGAAAAUGUGGAGGAAGACCAAGAGCUGAAAGUAGUAGCAUCGUUGCCCGUGAUUCCUCAACCACAAACACCACGAGAGCCUAUGGAAUUCUUGUCAAGGUCAUGGAGUCUUUCGGCUUCUGAAGUUUCAAAGGCUCUUGCCGAAAAGCAGAAACAGUUUUUCCCAGACAAUAAUCAGAUCAAUUUCCCAGAAUCAGCUGCUGUACCAGAAUUACCAGCCAAGCUAAUAAAUUCCAUUGUAGCACGGAGGACGGGGUCAUUUGGAAAAUGGUUCCACCACAAAGAGUCCAGUAUCAGCUUAGUAAAGAAGAAAGAUAGGGCACGCUUAGAAAGUGCACAUAUGCAUUCUACUCUCUCAGUUGCUGGACUAGCUGCAGCCUUGGCUGCUGUGGCUGCAGCAGAGAACUCCAGUGACUCAGGAAAAAAGAUGAGCAUGGCUUUGGCAUCUGCUACAGAACUUUUAGCAUCACACUGUAUUGAAUUAGCUGAAUUAGCUGGAGCCGGUCAUGAUUGCGUGGCUUCUGUUGUAAGAUCCGCUGUGGAGGUUCAAACUCCAGGCGAUCUAAUGACUCUUACAGCUGCAGCUGCAACAGCUUUGCGAGGAGAAGCAGCCCUGAAAGCAAGAUUGCCAAAAGAAGCAAAGAAGAAUGCAUCUAUAAGUCCCUAUGACAGAGGUAUGAUAGGGACCGACUGGAGUGCUGGUUUUCAUAGUAGAAUGGUGGAACAGAGUCCCCCUUUUGUUGGGGAGUUAUUGCAAGUAACACAAAAAGGAGUUUUACGAUGGAAGCAUGUUUCUGUUUACAUCAAUAAGAAAUCUCAGGUCAUAAUUAAGCUCAAAAGCAAACAUGUUGGAGGAGCAUUCUCCAAGAAGAAUAAAUGUGUUGUUUAUGGAGUUUGUGAUGAGACUGCUGCAUGGCCAUACAGAAAAGAAAGGGAAAUUUCUGAUGAGGUCUAUUUUGGCCUCAAAACCGGACAAGGUCUUCUAGAGUUCAAGUGCAAGAACAAGAACCAUAAACAGACUUGGGUUGAUGAAAUUCAGAAUCUUCUUCGUCGAGUUAGUUCCAUUGAAGCAACUGAACACUCUCUAGAAGUCUUAAGUAUUAAUAGUAUAUGACAUGUUUUUGUGUAUAUAUAGUGCAAGAGUAGGACAGAUACCUUUAUAAAUGCCGUACUCCUAGUUCAUGAGAUAUGAAAUUGAAGUCACAGAUUAUAUAGGAACAUGCAAUGUACUGCUCUUAUGUUUGGUUCAAACAAUAAUCAUAAAAGUCAAAUUUUAGCUGAGAGUUUUGAGAGCAGUUAUGUGUAAUUACAAUAUAUGGACUGGAAUCUUGAUACAAAAAAUUAAAUAAAUAAUUGAAUAUGCAUAC